AUGGCCCUGGAGGAUUUGGAGGAGGCCCUGGAGGACCCGGCGGAUUUGAAGGCCAUAACGGCUCUGACCGUGGAUUUGGUGGCGGUCAUCAUCAUGGUGGACUCGGGGGUCCAGGAGGGUUUGGCGGAGGACCUCAAGGUGGUUUUGGAGGCGGUCCCGGAGGUGGGGGGUUUCCAGGAGACCAAAACGGCGGAUUCUUUGGAGGACCUGGAGGACAUCACAACCAUCAUGGUCAGGGUGGUUUCGGUCGCGGUAAUCCUGGUUUUGGAGGCUUUGGAGGAGGAUCCGGUGGUCCAGCUUGUAAAUAAACUUGAAGGCGGGGGAAAUUACCAACAUCACAACGGCGUCAGUGGGCUGAUCCCGCAUGUUCCUAAUCUUUUUGGGAACAACCAUUCACAUCAUCAGCCUCCCCCGGGUUAUGGAGGUCCAGGUCCAAAUCGUGAUAUGGCCUUUGGACAAGGUCCACCUCAGCAGGGUCGAUCUGGUUUCAUGUCUCCUCCUCCUCCUCAAUUUGGUGGUGGCGGAGGUUUCAUGCCGCAAGGUCCAUCGCAAGGGCCGGGAGGACCAGGAGGCCCAGGAGGACCGCAAACGGAUGGACCCCCGCGUUGGUAA